CACGACGUCGACGGGUGGUCGACGUUCGUGGACGCGGUGUAUUUCAUCGCCAUCACGGUGACGACGGUGGGGUACGGCGAUAUUUCUCCGCAGACGGACGCGGGGAAGAUUUUUAUGCUGUUUUUCAUCAUCGUCGGCAUCGCGCUCGCGACGGUGGUGAUUUCGAAGAUCACCGACCUGAUCGUCGACGCCAAGGAGCGGUCGGAGGUGAAGGCGCAGGAGGAGUUGGAUCGAUCG